AUGUCGCUAAAGCAAAGUGUCGCAAAAAAAAUUAUGAAUGAGGUAAUUCUGCCUCUGAAAAAACCAAAGGAAUGGAAGGUUUUGGUAUUGGAUAAAUUGUCUACACGAAUGGUAUCCUCUUGCUGCAAAAUGCAUGAAAUCAUGAAUGAGGGAAUUACUCUUGUUGAAGAUGCCAGUAAACGACGGGAAAUUCUUCCACUGGAGGCUAUUUAUCUCAUAACGCCAACUGAGAGGUCUAUUCAAGCUCUCAUGAAUGACUUUCAAGGCCCACGUUAUCAGUAUAAAGGAGCUCACGUAUUUUUGACAGAAGCCUGUCCCGAUGAACUUUUCAAUCGUCUAUGUCAGUCUAACUGUGCAACCUUUAUCAAAACUUUGAAGGAAAUAAACAUAGCAUUUCUACCAGUCGAAAGUCGAGUCUUUUCGUUAGAUUCACCUGAAAGCACUCAAUUCUACUACAAUCAGAGUUAUCCACCUCAUCCUGGUCAAAUGUAUCAUUUGGAACAUAUCGCGGAACAGAUUGCCACACUUUGUGCUACAAUUGGUGAAUACCCCCCAAUUCGUUAUAGAAGCCAACACGACAAGAAUUGUGAAUUCGCCCAAUUAGUUCAACAGAAACUCGAUGCUUACAAAGCCGACGACCCUCAGAUGGGCGAAGGACCUUACAAGGAUCGCAGUCAAUUAAUCAUUCUUGAUCGUGGAUUUGAUCCCAUUUCACCAAUUCUUCAUGAAUUAACAUUCCAAGCUAUGGCAUAUGAUCUUCUCGCUAUUGAAAACGAUGUCUAUCGUUAUAUCAACACCUCGGGACCCGAGGAGAGAGAGAAGGAGGUAAUUUUGGACGAGUCGGAUGAUUUGUGGAGGGAGCUUCGCCACCAGCACAUUGCGGUUGUCUCUCAACAGGUAACGAACAAGUUAAAGAAGUUUGCCGAGGAUAAGCGAAUGGCAAGCGGUAGCGAUAAGACGACCAUGCGGGAUUUGUCGCAGAUGUUGAAAAAGAUGCCCCAAUACCAGAAGGAGCUCUCCAUGUACUCCACUCACUUCCAUCUCGCCGAGGACUGCAUGCACAACUACCAAACGUACACCAAUAAACUCUGCAAAGUCGAACAAGUGAGCUCCUGUUUAUUUAUAUCAAGUGGCAGGCUUUGUGAUAGUUUUCGUUAG